AUGAGUGGGAAAGGGUCAUCUGAACACAUUACUGAGCUGUUUAUUUGUUCGUUUGUUGGCGCGGUCAUGCAAACAGUACAGAUCGCGCCAGGAGAUAACAUUACUGAAAAUAAGGUUUCUCAUGAAAGUGUGCUAUUAUUCACUGAAUGAAAGGUAGCAUCAAAGAAGCAUGUACCGCUACCCUUAAGAAGUAUGAAUCUUUUACACGUACUUUGUAUGCAUAUUAGGUGUGUGCCAUCAGUGUCGGGAAAGGCACGCUUGCCAUCUGAAACAAUUUCAGUCUUCACAGCAGCCAACUUCAGAGAAUAUUGCAGUUAAGAGCAACCCACCCCGUAAAAGGUUUCCUAUUCCACCUGAGAUGUUUAGCAGCCCUUCUGGUAUGAACAAUUCGUUAAUUAGUGAUGAAGAUUACAAACAACCACUUACAACAGCGAGUGCAAAAACUGCCUACAACCAGUAUGUGUACAAAUUACAUGAAGCGACUGGGAUAAGUGAGCCAUUUAGACAUCUAGAUUCUGUUCUGAUGAAAGAGUGGAAAGACUUGCAUCGUCGUACUAAACAUUAUUAUGCGUCGUUCGCUAAACAAGGAGUUAGACCAGUGUUGGAAUCAAUUGCCCCUGGCCAAGGUGAAGAGCUUUGGAAUUACUUGAAAAACAGUUCAAUAACGGGUCUUGGCAACAGCGAUAACGACUGUGAUGAAGAUGAAGAAAUUUCCCCUAACACCUUCUCGGACAACACUUUACGAAAUCUUAUUGAUGCCUAUAACAAUGCACAGUCUUCAAAAUCGAGAAAAGAAAUUUUGUCAAUAUGUGCUCAAAAUUUUAAGAGAAAGCAAUUGAAAGACCUAAUUCCUGGUCUGACAGAUUUUCGUAUAAAGGAGGCUAGGAAGCAUUGUAAAGAACAUGGACCAGGCACUGCAGUGCCUACAGCUCCAGUUCACAGGUUCUUUCUCAGUGAAGACAAAGUUGACCACUUUUUAAGGUUCAUAACAAGCGACAUGAUUUCACAAGACACAGCAUACGGUAUUUCCAAAAUGAAACUCGAAAGUGGAGUGGAACUAGUGAUUCCAAAGCCAAUACGAAAAUUGAUCCCAGCUCGAAUCAUCGCACAGUACUUGACGAUUUGUGACAAAGGUGGUUUUAAACUGGCCAGUACAAGAACCUUGUUCAGAAUUCUUGAAGUCUGCCCAGCUUCGACAAGAAAAUCUCUUCAAGGUCUGGACAACUACACGGCGGACGGAUCAGAGCCAUUCGAAAAUUUAGACGAAAUUAUCAGCAUGCUCUAUGACGGAGGGAUGCCUGAUAGUAAGGCUGACCGGCUGCGUUCAAUGGCCUUGUCCUGCAAACAGUACCUAAAGCAGGACUACAGCACCCAUGUCGUGAACGAUUCAAUGAGUGACAUUUCCUCUGCGUCUCCUGACCAUUGUCGAUUCUUUGCACUAAAUGACCCCAAGGAAGAACAACUUAUGCAGAGCUGUUUACAUAGCCACUUAAUCGGGUGUGAUAGAUGCCAGGAACUACGUGAUCUAUUUCUCUCUUUAGAGAUUCCUGAGCGGUGCCCCAUGGCUAGUGACGACAUAUGUGAUCUUCGUUUCCUGCUGGAUGACUGUAAAGACAAGAUAGAACAAUGGAAAGCUCACAUUUUGAGAAGUGUGAAUCAAGAAGAGGGAAAGAAGGAAGUCCUCGAUAAGUUAGAACCUACUGAAGCCCUUUUGGUGGACGAUUGGACGAUGAAAUUUUUGCCACCGCACUUCAGGGAAAAAUCAGCCGAGUUUUAUGGAAAGCAUAGUAUAAACUGA